AUGCAAGCUGUACAAUACUCUGUUCCGGCUCGGUAUACGGUCCAAAUCAAGCUAAGACGUGCUUUCCGCUCGAUCCCUGCUCUGCCUGAUGCACACAUCUUGAACAAUACCUAUACAUUUCUCAAGCUAGCUGUCCUCGAGUCUAAGCUGGAGCACAAGAUUGUGCGCAACCUAUGCUUUGUCGAAUGGUCACAAAGGCAAAAGACGAGCAGGCCCACGAAAGCAAAGAAAGAUCGAGAUGCAGUCAUCGAUGAUGAAACAUACAAGGCCUAUCAGCAUACGCUCGAUGAGCUCAACAAGUCUUUUCAAGUCAUGCUCGUCUGA